AGUCCUUAAUAGAUUAGCAUAUCAGAGACUAGUUAGUUGCAUUAGUCGUGUCGUGUUGACUUUGCCAUAUGACAUUUGCUUUGCUGUGUUGGUGUUUUUCUUUAGUGGUUUCGACUCGGUUUGGUUGGUUUUGGUUUUUAAACACAUACCUACCUAUCUAUUGUAAAUUCAUCUCAAUGAAGCACUAAAUAAAUAUUCAACUAUCGUGAGCCAUGGCACAAGAAUUGAAAGAAUUAUCUAUCUUACUUUUUCCUGAAAAUGAUGCAGGAAAUGCAGAAACAUUUGCAGAGAUUUCUGAUUAUAUUAAAAAGCUAGGAUCUCAAAAUUGGGAUCAUAUUCGAAGAGAGCCUGAAAGACUGAGUGAAGAAAUGAAGCAGUUAACAGAACAUACACAGGAGCUGGCAUUUACAAAUUACAAAACCUUUGUGGAGACUGCAGAAAUAUCUAGAACUAUUAUGAAAGACUUAGGGAAAUCUAAACAGUCAUUAGAUAAAUUUUUGGAGACAACUCCUGUUUUUAUUCAGGAAGGUGAAAAAUUUUCACAUUUGGCUGGUAACAUAGUAAAAGAAAAAAGCCGCUAUAGUUCUAUACGUGGGCAAGUAGACAAAAUGUUGGAACUUCUAGAGCUACCAUCCUUAAUGCGAGAGGCUUUGAAUGCAGAAGAUUAUGAAAGUGCUUUGGAUAUAUUCUCGUUUAUAAGAAAUCUAUCAAAGAGAUACUCCGAAAUUCCAAUUAUAGAGAGUACAACUUCAGAGAUCAUGACCCUGUGGUUUGAGACCUUAUACCACCUCUUCAAUCAGUUACGGUAUGACUUACCUUUACCUCAAUGUUUGCAGAUUUUAGGGUAUUUACGCAGGGCUAACACAGUAUAUAAAUCGACUGACGAUGACCUGCAAGGACUCCAAUACAACAAAUCUAUGGCAAUGUCUGAUGGACUGCAUUUGCACUUUUUGAAAGCAAGGAAUGCUUGGUUCGAAAAUGCAUUGGAGGAUGCCAAGAACAAUGAAUCACCUGAAAAGUUACUGAGAAAAAUAGUGGAAUUGCACCGAAUUCAUCUUUUCAAUGUGCUUACGCAGCACAAAUCUAUAUUUCUAUCAGACACUCAAGAUACCAAAGCGAAACAUGAUGAGUUGAGUGGAACGAGUGCUUUGUCUUGCUGGUUAAAACAAAAGGUUGAAGCACUGGCCCAAACAUUAAAUCAAGACUUGUUCAAGGAAGAUGAGUCAAGCUUCGAAUCGCUGCUAAAUCAGUGCAUGUUUUUGUGCCUCUCGUUCGGUCGUGUCGGCGCUGACAUGAGAUGUGUGCUCACUCCGCUAUUCCGGAACAGUAUUCUAGUGCAACUAAGCAAUGGCUUAGAACGAGCUGUCAACCAAUUAGACAAGCAAAUGCGAUCAUACAAAGUGCCCAGUAUAAAAAAUGUACCCAGGCCUGUCAACGAAAAUAUGGCCUCUGGGCCUCCUGAGAAUCUACUUGACUAUUACCCUUUGGCAGAAUUUUGCAAUGGACUUCUGACUGUGCUCAAUUCCUUGAGAGUUACAGCACCCUUGAAUAUUGUCAAAGAAGUUUAUAGUGGUUUCCGGAAAUCACUUGAGAAAGCUGUACAGAUCCUAGUAGCAUUUUACCAUAAAGAACAACAGAGUUUCACUGAUGUUGAGAGGCAAAACUUUGUUUUAUUUUGCGUUUGCUUCAGUGAGGAUUUAGUUCCAUACAUUAUCAAGUGUCUUUCGCAAUCAUUCCCUUCAUCACAAAUAGCAGAACUGUUGGGCGUAACUUUGACGGUCUUGCAAGAAAGUAAAAUUUUACACAUCAAUUUAUUAGCUAUUUGUGAGCCAUUGGGCAGUAUCACUGGUGUAGCAAUGAAUUAGAAAAUAAGUUGUAAAUUGAUAUGUAUGCUAUUAAUAAACGAUAUAAAUUAUAA